CGUGCGUUUUCACGUUGGCCGCUGCUAUUUUGUUUUGAUUGUGGACUAGUAAAAUCAAAAUUAGAAGUAAUAUUGCAUUUUUUGAACUACACGGAUAAAAUGAAGGAAAAUACUCCUCCGAGACCGGCGUUUGACGAGGACGAUGAGCUGAUCUAUGUCGGGGACGCCGAUGAAGUGCUGAACCAAUGGGAGGAAGAAUUGAAUGACGAAGAGGACGAUGCCGAAUUAGUCGAAGAGGACGAAGUAGCUGGUUUUGCUGAUGACGAGGAGGAAUUUGACGACGUGUACAUUCCCGAGCGGGACGAUGCGCUGGUUACGUUUUCCAAACAUACCGGGCCGGUGUUUUGUGGUGCCCUGCAUCCUAAUGAAUAUCUUGCCGUGACCGGAGGAGAAGACGAUAAGGCAUACGUGUGGAACACGAAAACUGGGGAGAGCGUUUUCGAAGCAACAGGACACUCCGAUUCGGUCAUUGCUUGUGAGUUCAGCUACGAUGGACUGUAUGUUGCUACUGGCGAUAUGGCCGGACAGAUCCAGGUUUUCAAAACCACUCAGGAGUAUAAGAAGGUGUGGGAAUUUUCGAUGGGCGACAUGUGCUGGAUGAAGUGGCACUUUGGAGCGCACGUUCUCAUGGCGGGAGCUGACACGGGGGAGAUAUAUGUAUGGAGGAUACCUUCCGGCGAUUGCAAGGUGCUGCAGGGUUUCGGUGAGAAGUGUGAAGUGGCGAGCCUGUCACAUGAUGGAAAGAAAAUCGCAGCGGGUUAUGGGAAUGGAGCUUUUAAAAUUUGGGAUAUCAAAACGAACGCUCCGACGCUGGAUGUUGCUCCAAAUGAGGCCACGACCCACACCAGUAACAUUACGUGCUUGUCAAUCGAUCGGGACAGUCAACAGAUUGUGACCGGAAGCGAGGAAGGCAAGGUUGUUGUGAUGGGUCCUUCGGGUCCAGUUGGAGUUAUGUUGCCGAAUGGUGGUCCCGUGGAAGCAGUGCUAAUUGAUAAUCCAGAAUUCGAAUUGAAAGUGGCGGCCACUGGAACGUUAACCGGGAAGGUUACUAUCUGGGAUGUGGCCAGGCAAACCGCUCGAGUUGAAUGCGAGGAUCCCCAUAUGACAGGAAUUACAAAGCUCCUUUGGGGUAAGGACUGUUCCCUGAUCGCUGGAACGCUCGGUGGGGUUAUCAAAGUGUGGGAUCUGCGAAGUGGUUCUUUGAAGUACGAGUUGCUAGGACAUAGGAACGAUAUUCAGGACAUUGCCUAUGACAAACAGAAGAACGUGCUGCUGACAACGUCGGAGGAUUCUACGGCUAAAAUUUUUCAGUUGCCUUGAAAGGUUAACGUACGUUAAAACUGCUCUGUA